CCAGGCUAGUUUUGAGGAAGACAGCCAGAAGCAACCGGCUGUGGGACACUGGAAGCCACUGAUGCCGUCCAAAGGCAGCGAGGACGAGCCAGAGACUGGAUGUCAGGAUGCUGGAGGUGUGGAUGAGACCCAGUCCACCGAGCAGAUCAAUGUGUCACGUCUGCGCAGCUCUUCGGUGGAGAUCCGCGAGAAGGGGUCCGAAUUCCUGAAGGAAGAGCUGCACAGAGCACAAAAGGAGCUGAAGCUGAAGGACAAAGAAUGCGAGAGAUUGUCAAAAGUUAGAGAACAACUGGAACAGGAACUAGAGGAGUUAACAGCCAGCCUUUUUGAGGAAGCGCACAAGAUGGUGAGAGAAGCAAACACUAAACAGGCGGCGUCAGAGAAACAGCUGAGGGAGGCACGGGGAAAGAUCGACAUGCUGCAGGCGGAGGUAACGGCUCUGAAGACGCUGGUGAUCACAUCCACACCUUCCUCUCCCAACCGGGAGCUGCACCCUCAGCUCCAGAGCCCUUCUAAAACCGUCUUCAGGAAGGGCCACGGGCGACACAAGAGCACCAGCAGCGCAGUGGUCUCGGCUGCCAGCCACAACGUGACACCAGAGCCCGUCAGUCACGAGCACAAAGAGUCUGGGUUUCCCGCUCUUCUCUCUCUGCUCCUUUGUAUCCUGCCGGGGAAAGCUGUCCACAUCACCUAUGAGCCGGGCUGGCAGGCCUUGGGGGCAGAUGCUUCCUCCUCCUCACGGCAGGUCGACUCCAUUUUAUUUGCUGAGUUCCAGGCCUGGAAGGAAUCUCCAACUUUGGAUAAAUCCUGCUCCUUCCUGGACAGAAUUUAUCGAGAAGAUGUAGGACCUUGCUUGGACUUCGCUAAGCAGGAGCUGUCGGAGCUGGUGCGAGUGGCUGGGGGGCAGAACACACUCCCCCUAGAGCCCGUUGCUUCCCAGGUGCCCGUGGUGAAGGUGUCAGCAGAGGAGUAUGGUGGGCCGAAUGGGCUCCAGUCACAAAUUGUAAUGAAAUGUGCCCUGAGCGGCCUUCCCAGGACCUGCAAGCACCGCAUCAUGCUGGGGGAUUCUGGCAGUUACUACUACAUUUCACCAUCCUGCAGGGCCAGGAUCACAGCGGUGUGCAACUUUUUCACCUACAUUCGCUAUAUCCAGCAGGGCUUGGUGAGGCAGGACGUGGAGCUGAUGUACUGGGAGGUGAUGCGGCUCCGGAGGGAGAUGUCUCUUGCCAAACUUGGAUUUUAUCCCAGUGAGAUGUGA